GGCUUAAACAACACAGGAAGGUGGACAAGGGUUAGCAGCUCGGGGACACUUUGAUUAAACACCAGCUUGGGUGGGCUCGAUGGCUGAGUCAGGACCCUGUGAUGAUUCUCCCUCCUCUGGCUAUUGUAAACACUCUCUCCACUGGACCCUGGCAGAGCUGUUAAGCCGGCAACUGGGUACCAAACAGCUCUGUGUCACAUGAGAGGCCUGGCUGAAGUCACAGUGGCCCACGAUACUAUUCUUAGCUGCAGGAAUGUAUACAGUGGCCUCAUGGCGAGCUCCACAGUGCCUAACUGGAGAGCCUCGUCGUUUCUCUGUGUCAUGCUCCUUUUCUCUCCCUGACUACUCUACACACUUUCUCUCGGGAUAUUGUUUUGGUUUUCUUUUGAUUGGAACUGAUAUUUUUUCUGACCAGACCCACCAGACCUUUUGGAUAUUAUUGAUUUUCUGAGGGCAGGAGAAUGGCCUGUAGACCACGAGAAGCUUUCUUUUUCAAAGACUCAGAACUUCCCUCCCACUUACUUGCCCAGCUCAACAUCCUCCGGCAGGAGCGAAUCCUGACAGACGUCCUGCUCUGCACGGAGCACCAGGAGGUCCCCUGCCACAGGAACGUCCUGGUGUCCAGCAGCCCAUACUUCCGUGCCAUGUUCUGCAGCAACUUUCUAGAGAGCAGUCAGGCCCGAGUGAAUCUGAAGGGAAUCUCUUCAAAUGUCCUCAGCGGCAUUGUGGACUAUGUCUACACCGGCUGCAUCACUAUCACCAUGGAGAUUGUGCUCCCACUCAUGCAGGCUGCAUCCAUGCUUCACUACGGAGGUCUCUUUGAGGCCUGUUCCAUGUUCCUCCAGGAGCAGCUGAGUCCAGAAAACUGUCUGAGCAUGAUACGGCUGUCUGAGAUCCUUCACUGUGAGAGUUUGCGGGAGAGGGCAAAGGAGAUGGCCGUGAGGUGUUUCUCUGAUGUAGCUGCGACAGAGGACUUCUGUGAGUUGUCACUUCCUGAGCUCAUGUGUUACCUCGAAGACGACCGACUUUGUGCUGAGGAGGAGCAAGUGUUUGAGACCCUCCUAGCAUGGAUCCACCACGACCCCUUCUCACGACGUGGUGCAAUCCAUGAUCUCUUCAAGAAAGUCCGUCUGCGCUACAUCCAUCCAACUUACCUCUUCCAGUUUAUUGCCAAUGACCCACUGGUGCAGUCCUCCACCCUCUGUACUGAGAUAAUCGAGUCAGUGCGCCGCCUCAUGCUUACAGUCAGUACAAGGUGUAGCCGAGAGCUCAAGCCACUCUGGACCACACCACGACGUUACACCUGCAGAGAAACGCUGGUGGUGGUUGGAGGACGCAAAAACAAUGAACAGACCUCACGAGAAGCCCUGCUAUAUGAUGAAAGGACUCAUCGUUGGCAGUGGUUGGCUAAGCUCCCUCUGCGCCUCUAUAAAGCCGCGUAUGUGUGUAUUCAUAGCAUCCUCUAUGUGCUUGGCGGCCUCAGCCUCUGCAUGACAUCUGGUGACAGCUCAGUCAGCGCCACAGUUUACACACUCUCCCUUAAGACCAACCAAUGGCGGACUGCUGAGCCCAUGUUGGAGCCACGAUAUGCCCACCAAAGUGUGUCCUAUUUGCACUUCAUUUUUGUGUUGGGAGGCAUUGGGGUAGACAAGAAAAUCUCUCAGUCAGUAGAGAGAUAUAACAGUAUGUUUAAUCAAUGGGAGGCCAUGGCACCAAUGCCCACAGCAGUGCUACAUCCAGCUGUUGCAGCCAGCGAUCAGAGGAUCUAUGUUUUCGGAGGGGAGGACGCCAUGCAGAAUCCGGUCAGGCUGAUACAGGUUUAUCACAUAUCUCGCAACUUGUGGUCCAGGCUAGAGACAAGGACAGUGAAAAACGUUUGUGCUCCUGCUGCUGUCAUCGAAGACAAGAUCUACAUCAUAGGAGGAUAUACCAGGCGAAUGAUUGCCUACGACACCAAAGCCAACAAAUUUGUUAAGUGUGAGAACCUAAAGGAGCGGCGGAUGCAUCACAGCGCUACAGUGAUCAACAACAAGCUCUACGUCACUGGUGGACGCAUUCUCAACGGCCACGAUGUCAUCGAGGACUCGGACUGCUUCGAGUGUUACGACCCCAAGACUGACGUUUGGACCUCAAAAGGUUCUUUACCCUACAAGCUAUUUGACCACGGCUCCCUGCCGCUGGUGUGUGUUUCCAACAGACCCAACCCACCAUGACCCACAACCCAACCAGCCACUUGGGUGAAUGCUUUGCUACAUGUUCUUCACCUCCCCUUUGCCAUGAUUUAUUGGCCUCUACCUACACAAAUGGGAAACCAUUUCAAACUGACUGCAUUCCCUCACGCAGCUCAGUCUUUGCCACAACUUAGCGGCAUGUUAGGCCAGGCUGGCUUUCCUCUGAAUCAAAGGAGAGCUCAGCUGACGAGCAGAGGUGUCAUGUCUAAGGCACCUGGAGGGGAACUGAACUGAGAACCCAAGAGAUGACGAGAGGCAGAAAAUACUUACACAACAAGCAGCUGUUCAGACACAUACGUAAUCCAAAAAGCUCUUUCCACAGAUGGCUGCACUCGUUGAUGGUAACUAAAAGUGUUAAUGCUUUAAUUUCCCAGACAUUUAUACACAGCAUAUCACUGGCUGGCAGCUGUAGCUGACUUCCCUGUGACAAUUAAAUACAUAGGGAAUUACAUCUGUGGCUGCUUAUUAACUCUGUGCUUGUCAUGUAAAACUGAAAGUGACAGAACAGACAGCUAAUAAAUUUGCACUUUAUAGAAAAUACAUUCCUCAUUGACCCACAUGCUUCUAUCAGAGUGCACUUGUUGAUGAGAACAAUUGUGACAGAGUGUCACACAGAGUUGUGGACAAGCUUCCCCUGCAAAAUAAUCUAUCAUGUUUGCUGAGAAGCACAAUUUUACUUAAAUGAAAUGAUCUGGGCCAGCUUUAUUCCAGUUUAUCUGGCCUGAGAAUUGUUCCUACAACCCCCAACAAAGCAUGAUCUGGAUUGAUUCAUGAGUGUCUUUGCUUGCAACAUAGUGCAGUGUAUGUAAUAUGGAGUAGCAUAAAAAUACAUGUUUGAGAUGAGCUGAAGCACUGAAAACACAAAUAUUUGAGUAGUUCAGAGACGGUUUACUUCUAAUUUUACUGUGUACAAUUGUUAGAUGAAGAAAAUGGCUUCGCAGGCAGCUAUGUUGAUGUAAGGACAUGUGACAACGCUGCCUUUGAGGGCAAGUGCGUGGCAGGGAUGCAGUGACUUUCCAAGGGCAACUAUGACUGGAAAUGGUGACCGGGAGAUUUUCAGGGUUUGUAGCCAACGUGAGCCUGCAUGUACACAUGUAUCCUGCUGGUGGUUUCUCACAAUCAUAUUCACUGAUCUGAAAUAAAUCUUUUGUUUGUCUGAGGAAAUAGUCAAAGAGAACAAAAACAGUAACAUAUCGGAGGAAGUUGUGAGAAAGUGACACUGUGGAACCAUCAUUACAGGCCAUUACUGUUACCUCUGUCUUGCCACUGUAACCCUCUUGACCCUUAAGGAGCACACAUUCACUGUUGUGCUCCAUCCCCUGCCCAUGGUAACAAUUGCCAUGGCAACCCUAUUAUCACCCCAUUGGAUCAUCCAUGGCAUGCAUCCCUGUAGUGAGUCUUUCAUUGUAAGACUGCAUCUCUGAUCAACUGCAUGAUGCAAAAUGUGUUGCUGCUACUUGCACAAUUGACUUUUUCUUGCAUAUUUUUUCUUUAAAUUGUUUUAUUUCCUUCUGUACAAUAUGCUUAUAUUUUGGAUAUUGUUUUCCCUGUUUGGUUUAUAAAGGAACACUGUUAUUUAUCUUUAUGUAUGUGGUGAUACUGCAAAGAAAAUUCAAUUUCUAAUUUAUUGCUUUGAAUUUCUCUGCACACAAGAACAAAUUAUAGACUCUGUUAUGGU